AUCUUGGCAGCGUGGUCAUUUCCUCCUACCCCGUUGAUUUUUAUCACGACAUGUUGGAGAAAUUAUAUCCGCACCAAUCCGGAGAAGUCAUAUUCGCUCCGAUCCGGCCAUUGUUAGGCUUCUUAUCUCCGAUCCGACGACUGAACUGGUCAGGUGCCCGGACCACCUCGCAUCGGGACCACCUCGCAUCGGGAUAGCAUGACAAAUCCCCAAAUAACGUCACUUCAUCCAACAACAACAUCAACACCGACAUCCAACAAACAUAAACUCAUCAUUCGCAUAACACGACGGAUUCGAUCUCAACCGAAAGCAAACGCAGGAUACGAAUUGUUCCAGUCAAAUCCACAAAGAUGAACUACAUCCCCUUUCUCUCAGGGGGCGUCUCCUUCAACCCCCGCACCGACAUUGCCCCCUCUGCCAUCCAGGGCAAAACCAUUCUCGUAACAGGCGGCAACGCCGGCCUGGGCAAGCAAUCCAUCCUCGAAUUCGUCCGCCAACCCGCCUCCUCCCUUCCCUCGCGUAUCUGGCUCUGCUCCCGCUCCCUCGAGCGCGCCCAGUCCGCCAUCGACGACAUCUCCACCGCCGUCCAGUCCUCAGGCGUCAACCCCGACUUCGAUGCCUCUUCCAUCAUCAAGCCCCUCGAGCUAGACCUAACCUCGUUCGACUCCAUCAAAUCCGCCGCGCGCGUUGUCCUCAAAGAAAGCGACCGCCUCGACAUCCUCAUGCUCAACGCCGGCAUCAUGGCCACCGCCACGGGCGUCACCGCCGAAGGCUACGAGAUCCAAUUCGGCACCAACCACCUCGGCCACGCUUUACUCACCAAACUUCUUCUCCCACUCCUCCUCAAAACCGCCCGCAGCGCCAAGGGUAACGACCUCCCCCAGCCCGCGGACGGCACCCCCUCCACCCCUCCGGACGUCCGCGUCGUUAUUUUGUCUUCCGAAGGCCACCGCCUCACGCCCCUCUCGGGUAUCUGCUUCCCCACUUUGAAGAGUAACCAAUCCUCCAUCAUGACCUGGCAACGCUACGGCCAAUCCAAGCUUGCCAACAUACUGUUCGGCAAGCAACUUGCUGCGCACUACCCCGAUGAACUGACGGUCGUGUCGCUGCACCCGGGCGCGGUCAACACGGAGCUUUUCAACUCGUUCCGUGAUAGCGGGUGGGUGGGUUGGGCGACGACGGGUUUUCUCAAAUUCUUUUUGAGCACGGUGGAGGAUGGAGCGAGGAAUCAGGUUUGGGCGGCGACGGCUCCCAAGGAGCAGGUGCAGAGCGAGGAAGGGAAGGGGAAGUGUGGGUAUUUCUUGCCGGUGGGGAAGAAAGUGGGGGAGAGUGGAUGGGCGAAGGAUGAGGAGUUGGGGAGGAGGUUGUGGGAGUGGACGGAGGGGGAGUUGGAGGGGCAGGAGCUUGAGGGUUGAGCUUUGGGAGGUGGAGAUUGGGGAAUGGGGAAGGGCAAGGGGAAGGAACGAAGAGGCAGAGGGGAGUGGAAGCUGAGACUGGGAGGUGCGAUGCAUGAAGCCUGAGGAGUUGGGCAUAUGUGGAUGCUGGAUGAGAGGGAAGCUCUUCCGGACUGUAUUGGGCGGAUUUAGAGGUGCGUUGAGGUUGGCUUUCCCUUCUAUGAUAGA